AUGUACCUGCGACGCCCCUUCCCUAAAGGAAACACAAGCCCAGGAAAAAUGAAAUCAGUCAAGGUGGUUAUUCACAAUACUAACUUCAUCAACUCAAAAAGGCAGGAUUCCUCAGAGGAUUACGACUCAGCUUCUGACACUGAAACAGAGAGUGAUGCAAUUGAAAAAAAAAAAAAAAAAAAAAAAAAAAAAAGCUUAAGAUCCCCAAAGAGAAAAGUUAUGAUGGAAUCAUCUAUCUGA